GACAGGAGACAACAGACUUCGCAUCGCUGUUUGGAGCUGAAAGUUUGAUUCUUUGGAAGGACUGGUACUCUGCGACUCUGGAUCUGCAGAACAGUUUUCUUGCAGGACUGAAGGCUGUGAGCUCUCUUGGACAGACCAAAAUGUCACCUCAGUCUCGACUUGGAAUUUAUUUGCUGCUGCAUCUGAUGAAAGGCCUGACUGAAGUUAGUGGAUCUGGGAGUGACUGUCUGCGGGCUGGGGAAUCUUGUACCAAUGAUCCCAAAUGCAGCCCAAAGUUCCGAACUCUUCGACAGUGCAUAGCAGGCAAUGGUGCCAAUAAGCUGGGGCCCGGGGCCAAGACCCAGUGUAACAGUACAGUGAUGGCUCUGUUGUCAAGCCCGUUAUAUGACUGCAAGUGUAAACGUGGCAUGAAGAAGGAGAAGAACUGCCUUAGCAUCUACUGGAGCAUCCACCAGACAUUAAUGCAAGGUAUGAGUCAUUUGGAAAGUUCGCCUUAUGAACCAGUUGAGAGGAGUUUUGAUUAUGUAAGACAGGCGUCCAUGACAGCAGGUUCUGAAGGUGGUGUCACAAGAGUUAACCGUUGCCUGGAUGCUGCAAAAGCCUGCAAUGUGGAUGAAACAUGUCAAAGGUUGCGGACAGAGUAUGUUUCAGCCUGCAUAAGACGUUCUAAUAAAGCUGAUACCUGCAACCGUUCCAAGUGCCACAAAGCGCUACGCAAAUUCUUUGACAGAGUACCACCAGAGUACACACAUGAGCUAUUAUUCUGUCCAUGUGAUGACACAGCUUGCGCAGAACGCAGAAGACAGACUGUUGUUCCAGCAUGUUCUUUUGAACUGCAAGAAAAACCAAGCUGUUUGUCAAUUUUGGAGUCAUGCAAGGAAGAUUAUAUUUGCAGGUCCAGGUGGGCAGAGUUCCAGUAUAACUGCCAACCAUCCUCUCAGUCUGUGACUGGAUGUGUGAAAGAAAGCUAUGCUUCAUGCCUGCUGUCCUACACUGGAAUCAUAGGUAGUCCAAUGAUCCCCAAUUACAUUGAUAACUCCACGUCCAAAGUGGCACCUUGGUGCAGCUGUAGUGCUAGUGGAAAUGAGCAAGAAGAAUGUAAAAACAUUCUCAGCUUCUUCACAAACAACAUCUGCCUCAAAAAUUCAAUUACUGCCUUUGGCAAUGGGACAGACCUCAAUGCAGCACCUAAUCCUUCAACUCUGCCGACAUCACAGACCUCCAAGCAAGUGCAUAGCUCUCACAAUGCAGCAUCUACAGACAAUGACAUCUUUAAUCAGUUACGACCUACAGAGGUUGCAGAUGAAGAAAAUCUGAUCAGAGAUUCAACGUACCUAACAUCAAAUCCCACAGGCUCUGGGUGGAGUGCUCAUGGAUUGGUCACAUUCUGGAGUCGCUGUCUCAUUGGGAUUUUUCUUUGUUUUGUCAUUUAAUAAGCAGCUCCUUUGAAGCAUGGCAGGACCUUUUUUAAAUGUGACAUAAUAGCUUAAAUUCAGCAGAAAUGUGAGCUGCAUUUCAAGGGGAAGCAACACAGGCACUUACAUAUGAACACCUUGAAAAAAUACUUUAUUUUCAAAUUACACACAUUUUUUUCACAAAGGUAGUGUUGUCUGGACUUUAUAAAAUGGACUCAACUGUAUGACUUCACUGCGAGUAUUCAGCAAAACUUUAAGUGAAUAAGCACAACAAAUAACACUUCCAGUUGCAUCAUCUCAACAGCCUGAGAGGAAAAAAACACCUGCAGAACAUCUGCUUAUCAUGUCAGAGUAUGCUGAUUUAACCUGGCCUCCAGCUGCUAUUAAAUAAUUCUUCUGUGCAAUGGCCUUAAAAACAAUUAAAGAUGACCGUUCCAGAGCUCAUAUAAAUGAUGGUGCAUACCAUGCUAUCUGACUUUAUCAGCAAAAAUGACUGAAGAGUUGAUCAGCUAGCUAAAUAUAUAAUGAACCCACGGUGACAGCACACAUUUUGUGAGAUAGUUGGAAUGGUGUAUAAAGGAUGAUGCAGGAAGAAAACAAGUGUUUAAUAAUUUGAAUGAUUUCAAUUCCAUACCCAAGUCCCAUUUAUUAAUGUGUUGGAGAAAAACACAAUUAAACAUAAAAAAAUCAGUUUACAUAUUUUGCUAAAAGUAGGAUCUUCAAAAAAAUGCUGAACAUUGAUAUGUAAGCCGUUUGUUUUUGUAUUUGUGAUCUGCUUGAACUGCCUGCCACACCUGAACCUACACAGAGACUUUGUGUACAGAAGUUUUCAAAUCAGUGCUUUUUAUGAGCUUAGAGUCGCGUACAAUAAAAUGAUCUGACAGUGGCUUUUACAUUCCAAAAUAUUAGGAGAGGGUCAUGCUUCCAAAAUGAAACUGUGCAAAGAGUAGCUACAGUCUCAGAACACUUAAUAAAUACUAAUGAUUAAAAUAAUAUGAUACAUAUAAAAAUCAUAUUUAAUUCACUUUAAAGCAAGUGGCUAACUGUAGUUAGAGUAAUGAAAGUCGAAUGGUCUUUGGCGGCAGGCCCUUUGGCAGCUGUGGUUAAAUCCAUAAAGGCGAAAUUCCCUAGAAAACCUUGCCUUAUACACAAGACCAGGCAAUAUUAAAUAUAUAAGACUAGUUUCCUUUACACAAAGUAAAAAUAUUCAGAGUAUGAUGUCUGCUGUCAGGAGAAAUAUGAAAUAUAAGAUAUUGAAUGUUAACCGAACUGAAAGUGUUCUGUUGUGGCAUCUUGUAUGUAAUGUUUAUAUGACUUUAUUACUUGUAAAACCAUUGUUUAAAAAUUCCUUUAUUCCAUUUCUUUUUUUUUUAAAUAAAGAAAAUCAGUAUAGUGUUUUUUUUCAAGAAACAUGUACAUUUCAUGAUGCGGAUUUUGG